AUUAGUGCUUCAAACUAAGAAAAGGAAAGUUUUUUUCAAAAGUUACCCGGUUUUACAAUAAUUACCUCCUUACAAAAGUUACCCAGUUUAACAAUAACAUAAGUUUAGGCUAGGUUGAUUGUGUUGAAGAUAAAUGCAAAUAAGAGAAAGGUCUUCAAAGUUUAAUUAUAAAACGCGUAUUCAUGACACGUAAUAAUGAAUUACUUAGUAAACCGAGACUUAUUGAAUUUGUGGAAAUCAAUAAAAUAAAAACUGGUUUUAUUUUAAUAUAAAAUUCAAGACAACCGUUGCAAGGUACAGAUUAAGAAAGAUAAACAUCAAAAGUUUUUAUAUAGGUUUUUACGUCAUUAUGGCCAACGGAAAAAAACUCAUAAAUAAAUCUUCUACUGUUGUACAACAUCUUGCAGUUCAUAACAUACAGCAUCUUCAUAACUACUCAACAUUUGAAGCUCAGUAUUUACAACGUAUGCGUUUUGAAAAUAAGAAAAACAGCAGUUCUGGUCAAUAUUCAUUUUGCAAUGGCUUUGAUUCGGAUACUGGCAGUGAUCUUCGACAUGACAAGCAUAAGAAAUUUAUUGAGAAAAAUAAAACAAACAUUUACAAAAAUUGUUCAGUUAAAAGAUGCGUCUCCACAGAUAGCGGGUUUUCUUCUACAAAAACAGAUUCUGGAUCGUCCUCUGAUUUUUCGUGCAACGGAAAGUCAGCAAGAAGAACUGAAACCUUGAGCAAUUGGAACCAGCAGGAUGAGUUUAACUACAUUGCGACACCAUCAUCAAGAAUUAAUGUUCAACCUACUAAAUGUUUUGAUUUUAACAAAGCAGAAGCAUUUUGUGAAGAUACUACGCGUAUUGAAAAAAAACAAAGAGAAAUUUUAGAACAGUGUUACCAAAAUGAAGCACUAAAAAAAUUUAACUAUAAUGUUAACCCUUCUGUUUUCGAUUGUAGUUUGUUAAACAAAAGCUCAUCUCCACUUGACGUCUUUUCGAAUCCGUUAUCUGUUUAUGUUCCGUCUAAAUACGAUCGACAUAAAUCAAAAAUAUUGCUCAAAAAGAAAAAAAAAAACUCAUUCCAAAAGUUGAAAAACAGCGUUCAAAAUUUAAAAAUAAAAAAAAACGUCCAACAAAAUGGUCUCUCACUAAUGACAAGUAGUUACGUACAAACCGCAAACAAUUUGCUCAAUCUUAAUUUAAAUCAAAGUUCAAUAAAACAAAACAACAAUCACUUGUCAUUUUCCUCCAAUAUAAAAAAUACAAAUCAAAAUAAUGUUUUUAAAGAAAAUUUAGUUAAUCAUCAAGUUCAAGACAAUGAAGACGAAGAUGAAAUUUUGACGCGUUUGUUUACUCGUCCUAAUAAGAAACCUUUACUUGCAAAGUUAUUUGAAAAGGUUGGAGGACAGUCAUACAGUAUGCGCAAUAUUGAUAAACUAGAAGAACAAGAUAAAUUUGAGGAACAAGGUAAACAUUUAAAAAAAACUUCUAGCAAUCGAUCGAUUCCUGAUGCAUUACGUUCAAUAUGGACAAAAUUGCAGCGUCCUUACGUAGAACGAGAAAGAGUUGAUAGAAGCAGUCAACACUUAUCAAAAACAAGUAGUAUGCCACUUAUUUAUCAGGAAAAUGAACAAACUUUGGCUUUUCUAAACUCAAAUAGAAACUGCAUUAAUAUAAUUGAUUCUGAUGCAAAUUAUAAACAACCUGUUACUUGCAAAAAAACUGUUAAAAAGCCUUCGGAAAUUAAAAGUUUAAACUACGUAGGGAAAGAUAAAAGAUCUUCUUCAUGUAGUGAACUCACUUCAAAUAAAUCUCAUUUCUUCAAUCCGAAGAUAGCUUACGCACCAUAUCUAAUUGCGUUUCAGAGUUCAAACGAUAACCUUAAAACAAAAUCGCCAAACAUACAAUAUCCUUACGUUGAAGGACCAACCUUUCAUUGUCAAUGCUGUCAACAUAAUAUGAAUAAAAAUCAAUACCAGUCUUUUUAUCGAGAACAAGCAGUGGCCCCUUUUUAUCGAGAGCAAGGAGUGGCCCCUGUAUAUCGAGAGCAAGCAGUGGCUCCUUUGGAUGUUCAAAUAGAAAGAGAAAAAAAAGCGACGCGAAGAAAAGUUUCUGACUUAUAUUUUGAUUCUUUCGUUUAAAUUGAUUUUCUUAAACAAUCAAUAUUUAUUAUUAGUAAUAUUAAAGAUUUUAUUGUUUUUAUAAAAAAAAGACCAAAAUUAAAAGUAUACAAAUAUAGAAACUAAAACUAU